AUAAACCCAUCGACUGUAAUCCUCACUGUACACAGCGGGAUUCUCUGCGGGUAUUUUCUGCCUCACUAUAAGUUUGUACCUAAGAAAGCGAUAAAAAUGGACAACUCCGGUAAAGAGAAGGAAGCGAUUCAGCUAAUGGCCGACGCAGACAAAAAAGUCAAGUCCUCUGGCUCCUUUUUGGGAGGGAUGUUUGGAGGAGGACAUCACAAAGUUGAGGAAGCAUGUGAGAUGUACUGCAGAGCAGCCAACAUGUUCAAGAUGGCCAAGAACUGGAGCGCUGCUGGAGGAGCGUUUUGCAAGGCGGCACGGCUCCAUAUGCAGCUGCAGAACAAACAUGACUGUGCCACCAGUUUCAUCGAUGCAGGAAAUGCUUACAAGAAGUCUGACCCCAACGAGGCUAUCAAGUGUUUAAAUGCUGCCAUCGAUAUAUACACAGACAUGGGAAGAUUCACCAUCGCAGCCAAACACCACAUCAGUAUCGCAGAGAUCUACGAGUCUGAGCUGGUGGAUAUUGAAAAGGCUAUUGCACAUUAUGAACAAGCCGCAGAUUACUACAAAGGAGAAGAAUCCAACAGUUCUGCCAACAAGUGUCUGCUGAAGGUGGGGGCUUACUGUGCUCAGCUGGAGCAGUACCAGAAGGCUAUUGAGAUCUAUGAGCAGGUUGGAGCUAACACCAUGGACAACCCGUUACUGAAGUACAGCGCCAAAGAAUAUUUCUUCAAAGCCUCCCUCUGUCAUUUCAUUGUCGACGAGCUCAAUGCUAAGAUUGCUGUUGAAAAAUACGAGGAGAUGUUUCCGGCUUUCUCAGACUCCAGAGAAUGCAAACUGUUGAAGAAACUUCUGGAAGCUCAUGAGGAACAGAACAGCGAGGCUUUCACAGAGGCAGUAAAAGAAUUUGACUCAAUCUCACGCCUGGACCAGUGGCACACGACCCUCCUGCUGCGCAUCAAAAAGACCAUCCAGGGUGAUGAAGGGGAUCUGAAAUGAAAGGAACCCUGGAGUAAAACGGCAGCACAGAGGGACAAAUCCAUCACGCAUGCUUUCACACACAAACACACACACAUGCACAUAUCCACACAGACACACUCUUUCAAUCGCUGCACUGUGUAUAGCAUCUGGAGAGGAGCGCCUGCUGGUUAUUUUCAAAUGUUCACUGCUCACUGCUCACUGCUACACUGUCCGAGUUCUGUCUUUGCUUUCCUUACGAGCAAACCUGAAUCCAGUCAGAAUGUAAAUCCUCUCGCCCUCACCUCUUGUCUAGAGGAUUGCUGCAUACCUUUUCUGCUGAAAUCUGUCUUGUUGGGUUUCAGAGCGGUAUCUUGUAUUGAAACCGAUGUUAGUAUUUACAAGCACUGCAUGUUUUGUAUGAUUAUCAUUUCCUAUUCCAAAACGGCUUGUUUUUCUAUCUAGUUUAUCUAUCUUAACAGUUUUGUUGUACAUAAGAUUUUCACAGUGUGGAUGGAUGUAAAGAAUGUACUUUCUUUUGUUGGAUUAGAGGAUCAGGAAUUGUAUUUAUGUCAGGAUUGUACCUUUUUUGAGUCAUCAGAAAUACUGAAGUGCUUUUGCACUUCAUCAGCCAUGAGGAGAGACUCUUCUGGAAGAAGGGCAACGAUAUGCACCAAGAGUAGACUGUUAAACAUUUGUAAUCAAAUUUUACACCUUCACAAGCCCAUCACUUUUUAUUUAUUUCUUUAUAGUUCAGGAAUUAUUGUUUUAAUUUAUGAUUCCAAUGUUUAAAUCAGUAUGCUGUGAUUUAUAGUUUGCCUGUAAAAAUGUAUUUUUGAAUCAGACGCACUGAUGUAGAAACCCUUCCUCUUCGCUACAGAGGUAAUCUUUGGGAUUCAUGUGCAUCAGUAGUCAGUCAUCUUGUGCUGUGUUGUGUUGUGAACUUAACAUGGAGGUUUUACUGCAGUGCACCUUCCAAAUGGCCGGUCGCUAAGCAUGUCAUUGUGUAUAGUUUAGUGUCGUGUUACAUUCACUAGUGUGAGCCAGACCAAAGUUUUUACUCAAGGGUCAGUCGCCCUGCAUAUCCAGCUUCUUCCAGGUGGAAUGACUAUGGACCUUGGAUAUGAUGUGUAUGCUUGUGCAAUGGGACAAUAAUAAAAAUAUUGUAUCCCAUA